AUGCCACCAAUCCGUACAGAGAAGAAGAACAGUGUUGUGCAAGCUGCUUCUUCGCGCGGUCUCGCUGCCUUUGGCUUUAAACCUGCCCCGAAAGAGGAGGUCGUAGCCGCAGCGGCCCGAGCAAAGCCUCCAGUCGUAUUACGACCCGCUGCAGUCCAAGUAGAGCAAGUAGCACAAGUAGUGCAAGACGCGCCGAAGCCAAAACCUCGUCUUCCAAAGCCCCUUGUCAAAGGAGUAAAACAAGCCGCCUUCGGAGAUUCCAGAUACCACUGGGACGGCAAGUACCACAAAAUCGUUGGAACAUCGACAAGAAAGAUCAUCUUUGGAAGAGGCUUCAAACUGGCAGAUAAUCAUAUAGACGACAUCCUCUUCUUGGGUCCCAAAGUUUGCGACGUGCUUACGGAAAUUCAUUUCCAAUACGUGGAUACUGAUUACGACGCUCAUAAUGACUGCCUCGUUACAGACGAGGGUAUCAAACGCCUCGCUAGAGGUUGCAGAAACCUGAAGAAAAUAUCCCUACCUGGUGGCGGUCGCAGCAUGGGUGACGAAGGUCUAAUCCACCUUCUUACCUUCUGUCAUGACAUUACCCAUCUAGAAUUCUCCGGUGGUGGUGUUACGGAAGCCGCUUUCCAGCAAAUGGCCGCUAACUCAGAUCUGGCGCCAAACUUGAAGAAACUACGCCUGGAUGACCAGUCUUCGGACAAAAACUUCAUGCGUGGCAUGCGAGAGUUUGGAAGGUCGCGACCGACGCUACCGAUCGAGCUGGUUCAUCGUUCGCAUUACAAGAAGUAUGAUUCGUGGUACAUGUCGACUAGUCAUACGACAUACACCAAUGGUAGAAAGGUGUCUACUAGUCUCCCUGUUGACACAUGA